ACCUGGGGUACACGUGGAAAUCGAAAGGGUAGCAUGGCUGGAGCUGAUACUGCGGUGCCCCUGGAUGGGGUGAAGAUUAAAAAGGCAGCUCAUGCCCUGCUGGCUUACAACAAGACCAGGCAGAAAACGUCUGAGAAAUUGCUGCUGAAUGAAGACCUGAAUGUCUUUUUGAUGGUCACAGUAUGGAAAAUCCCUCCACGUGAACAAGUAGUCAAAAUAACACUCCCUCACGGUAUUCUUCCUUCAGCAUCUGAGGUCUGCCUGUUUACCAAGGAUGAGCCGGGCUUAACAGCUGAACAGUCUGAGAACAUGUACAGGAAACUCUUGAGCCAGCAUGGAGUCACAAACAUCGCAGAGGUCAUUUCUUACAAAACCCUGAAAAAAGAAUACAAGUCGUUUGAAUCAAAGCGCCGCCUUCUGAAUCGCUUUUCUCUCUUUCUGUCUGAUGACCGCAUUAGAAGGCUUUUACCGUCUCACAUAGGGAAACACUUCUAUAGGAGUAAAAAGGCUCCUCUCUCCGUGAACCUGAAAGCGAAGAAUCUGGCCAAGGAAAUAAACAGGCGUAUCCAAGGAACUGUUCUUCCAGUCACCAACAAGGGUUGCUGCUAUACAGCACGUGUUGGACAUACUGGGAUGACUGCGGAGGAAAUAGUGGGAAAUGUUGUUGCAGUUGUGACGGUGCUUGCUGCUAAAGCUCCUAAGAUCUUUCGGAGCAUUAAAAUUCUUCACCUUAAAACGGAUAAAUCCAUUGCUCUUCCCAUCUUUAACCGGAGUUAUCCAGGUUCAGGGAAGAUUCAACAGACAGGUGCUGAAGAGCGGAAGAAAAAUAAUAAGAAAAAAAAGAACCAGAAGAAUAAAAGUAAAGGGCAGACUCCAGUUAAAUCCAGAGAGCUGGUUGAAGGAAGUGAUGUUCUUGCUCCUGGAAGCCUGAAAGGAGAGGUGGAGGAGACAGCAGAAAUCUCAGGUGUUGUGGGACCGGAGCAGGAAGACAAUGAAGUAAUUCCACUGCUGGUGCCAAUUGAAAUGGUGGCAGAGCCUAGUCCUUCUGCAAAGAAAGGGAUGGAGAUGGACCCCAAAGGUCACCUCCAGGGCAAGAGAAAGCUGUCCGUUUCUUCAAUGGCUUCCAUAACAGGGAUGGAAAUUCCUAAGGGUGUGUCAAGCCAAAAGACCCCGAAACAGCUCAAGCAGGGCAAGAAGGCCAAGGCUCCAAAACAAUUGGGCAUGGGAAAAGAGUUGUUAGAGACUCCCUUAAAGCCAAAACCAAAGUCUUCAGUGAACCUGAAAAGGAAGAAAGGUGUAAUGUCUGCAAAGAAGGCUCCCAGAACACCAGAACAGAGAGUCGGGAAAAGUGAAUUGUUGCAGUCAGUGUGACCAGUGAUGGAUCACUGCAUUGUUUGCUUUUAAACAAAACCUAAGGUUUAACGAAGAAGAUGGCUUGAGUUGUGCUUCUCUCCGUUUCCCACUUUCCUCUUUCAAAGGUAUAAUUUAGCUGUCAUUGUCUUUAGCCACUGUUGGGAGGGCUGAAGGACAAACCUUUUUUUAUCAUAAAGUCAGACAUAAUCUUCA